CUCCUCCUCCUCCCGCCGCCGCUCCCCGCAGCCCCGCGGCCGCCAUGGCGACCGAGCUGGAGCCGCCGGCCGCCGGCGCCGUGUCGGGCGCGGCGCCGCUGGAGGCGGAGGAGGACGAGGAGCACUGGCUGUACGGGGAUGACACCACUGGCAAGCAAGAAGAUGGACCGAUUUCUGGACACACAGAGUCUGCUCACCCUCUGCAGGACGCUCCCCAGGAGAGCCGGCCCGUCAACAACGAGGACCGAGAGAUGGCCCAGCACGCCCUUCCCAGUGGUGAGGAUGAUGAGGAUGACAGUGACAGUGACAGCGAUGACGAUGAUGUGAAGGUCACAAUUGGCAACAUCAAAACGGGAGCGCCGUCCUACAUGGGAACUCCUAUGAAUCUAAACUUAAAAACGGGUAGAGGCUAUGGCGCAUCAGCUUCAGCCAAGUUGCAGCCCAAAGGUAUUGACUUGGAUGCCGCAGGGAAUAUAAAUGGAUUGCCUGUGAUAGAAGUGGAUUUGGAUUCAUUUGAAGACAAACCGUGGAGGAAACCAGGUGCUGAUCUUUCUGAUUACUUUAAUUAUGGAUUCAAUGAAGAAACAUGGAAAGCUUACUGUGAAAAGCAGCGGCGGCUUCAGCUGGGGCUGGACCCUGCUCCUCCCAUCAGCACUGAGAACAAGAUCACGGUUCAGCAGGGAAGAACAGGAAAUGCUGAAAAAGAAGUGGAAAGCAACAUCAUCAAAACAGAGUUCAAAACAGACUUCUUGGCUCUGGUGGGAGGACGAAUGAAGGCCGGGCCUCCUCCCAACAGGAAGCUGGGUGGGACCAUUGAUGUGAUCGGGGGCCAGGCAGGCACAAUCCGCAGGGUGGAAGGGAGACGCCGGGAUAAACACGCCUCGGAGGAAAACCCCAUCCAGGUCCUGGGAGACCACGGCAGUAAGCCCCAGCCCCCCCAGCAGCCCCAGCAGCCCUCCCAGCCCCAGCAGCCUCCUCAGCAGCAGCCGUUCGCUCCACCAGCAGGGCCUCCGCCUCCCCCGCUGGCCGGGCCUCCUCCUCCGCACUUCCUGCACCCUCCUCCUCCAGUGACUUCUGUUCCACCUCCCCUGCAUCCUCCAGGCCUGCCACCUCCGGGUCCAAUUCCAGGGCUGUUCCCACCACCUCUGGCACCACCACCAGCUCUCCUCAUCCCAACCUUGGAUGGGCAGCCAGCCAGCUACAACAACAGGCAGCCACCUCCCUUUGGCUACAACUCUGCAGAUUCAGGUUUCAUCAGCUACCCCCCGAUCUCCACGUCCCACACGCCCUGGGUGACCACGGUGGACAAGGGCACGAGCAGCUCCAGCAGCAGCCACUGGGAGUACUCGGGCUCCAGGCGGGACAGGGAGCGGGAGCGCGAGCGGGAUCGGGACAGGGACCGCGACCGCGACCGGGACCGCACCCCGACCACCAGUGAAUACAACAAUGACGACGAGCGGUACCGCUACUACAGCCGCGAGCGCAGCUACGACUUCGAGCGCGAUUACCGGCGCAGCCGCGACCGCAGCCGCGAGCGCGAGGAGCGGCACCGCGAGCGCCGCCACCGCGACAAGGACGACGGCAGCAAACACAAAUCCUCCCGCAGGAAGCAGCACGAGAGCGAGGAGGGCGAGAGCCACCGGCGCCACAAGCACAAAAAGAACAAGCGGAGCAAGGAGGAGAAGGAGGCCAGCGAGGACGGUGCCCAGGAGGGCGAGGAGCAGGACACCAAGGAGUGAGCCAGGCCCCCGUCAGCCCUCGGCAGGAACUCUCCUCUGGAACCAGCAUGGAAUUGGUGAUGUUUUGUUUGGGGGGUGAUUUUUUUUUAUUAUUAUUUUUUACUUUUUUCCAAGGGAAGAGGCUGACUGGGCGAGCUGUGGCACAGCUGGAAGUGCUUCAGGAGCUGAGGCUGCACGUGCCCUUAAACUUCCUUUUUUUGUUUGUUUUUGAUACAAGACAAUACAGCAGUACUAGUUACAAAGCACUGAGCUACUCUACUCAUCCACAUCCCUAGGGAGAACUUUGGUGUAUCAGAUCCUAUGGUUUCUGAUGGAAGAUGGCUUCAGCUGAAAACUAAUGCAAUUAGGUCAUAGUUCUUUUUGUCUUCAUCAUUCCUUUUUGAGAACUAGGACAGUAAGUGCAACUUGAAAUUUAUUGUCCAAAGAAGAGCGUGACUUAGAUCCCGGGAGCCAGCUUAGAGUCUGGUGUCCAGUAGUGAAAAGUCUCAUCCCUGAAUAAAUUUCUUUAUAGCUACAAAAACAGCUUCUGAUUUCUGCGUGGCCAGCUGGGCGUGUCAGCAGGAGCUGCAGGAUCUGCUCCAGGUGGGCACAGAGGCCUGCCUGGAUGUGACAGCUUCCAGAAGCUGCUGAGGGCGUUCACACAGCGUGUGCAGAGACUCCAAAUCUGGGUUUUUUUAUCCAUUGCAAAGGCAGUUCUGUCAUGUUACACCCCUGUGUGGGGAAUCAAUGAAGAUCCAUAGCAAGAGCAUGAAUUUCUCUUUAAUUCCUUUUGACUUAACUAUUUUAUUUCCUUUUUUUACUAAGAGUUGACUGAAUAACCUAGAGUACAGUAGAGAACACCAAGUUCCAGUUAGCAAUUUGCCCUCGUUGGGACUGGUGUUUCUGUUUGGAUAUCACCAACACUCCUGUCCGAUGCAUUCCUUUCCCUUAGAUCCCAAAAUAAAUUUAGUCAAAUUCCAAAGUUUCUUUGGAUUUAGUAUUGGUUGGGAAGGGGCAACAGAAAUGUUUCUGGGUGGGAAGAACAGGGGAAAUAAUUUUGAGGGGUUUUUGUCUGUCUGGUCAUUAGGAUCCUGCCCUUCCGUUUGUGUGAGUCCACAAAUGUCUCAUUUUCCUUUGACUUGUUAUUUAAAACUGUCUGAAAUAUUUGUCCUAAAAUAA